AUGGAAAUUUUCUAUAUUAAUAAUCCUUUUAUUAAAGUCAAAGAGGAAAUUCAUUGUAAAAUAACAAUAUUCGAUUUUAUUAUGAAUCAUGUAAUGGAUAUUUUAAUUUGGGUAAAAGAAUUUAUGAAUGUAUGUGUAUAA